CAUGUGAUUAAAAUUUGUAAACAAUUCUGAAAAUGGCUGUCUUCUGGGUUGAAGUGCCACGUAGUCCGGUAAAAUGUUAAAGAACUGUGAAGAUUGCCUUCUUAUGGGUUGUAGAUGCUUCCAUCAUUAGGAUGACAUGCCAUCCUAAUGAUAGAGGCAGUGAGUACUUGAAUUGUUGGUGACGUUCUGUCAGAAGACAGCUAUCUUCAUACUGUCUGCUGUGAGAACCUCAAAUCAUAAAUACACAACUCUGUUUUAUAUAUGUAUUUUGCAUGUUUUGAUUUUCACAUCUACAAGUUCCAUUAAGGGUUCUUGAGCGUCGGUAUAUUUUUGUGAUAAGCUGCUGCUAUUUUCUGAUGAAACAUUUGUGAGAAGUAAUGUUUAUGUUAAUUGUAAAAUGUAUUUUAUGUUACACUGUUAUGACAUGUUACAAUUACUGUAACAAUUAUUCACUCCUUUCUUAUAUGGAGUAUCCCAUCAUUUUAGUCCAACAAAUAAUCCUAAUUUUUCUGGUGCUGAAAUAUAUGGGAUUCCUUGGUAUGAACAGCUUUGCUUUGUUUGGGCUGUACAUAGGAAUUACAGGUGCCUUUGUCUUUGGCCUGCUUCCCAAAACAAUCUUAGCAGUUCUUGCACCCAUGUGCACUCCAAUAUCGGCAUCAAGCAAAGUUGUACAGUUGAUCGAGAUCCUUAGAACAAGAAAUUCGGAAUCCAUCAGUGUACUCACAUGGUUCCUGUCUGCAUUCACAAAUUUUACUCGAGUUUUUACAAUCUACAUGGAUUCUGCAGAUGUGACUCUUCUGGUUAACUUUUCGGUUUCUGUGUUUUUGAGUAGCUCCAUCAUGUUUUCGGCCAUGUACUACAAACAUCCAAAGAGAUCUUAUUUCUAGAUUCUGUAUCUAGUUGUGUGCUAGGUGUUGUUGUAAGCAGUAUGUAACAGCUUGUACUUGACAUUACAGAAUAACUGGCAUGUGGCAAAAAGAUUUCAAACACAGACAAAAAAGUCCAGUAGUUGGUAAGUCUAAGCAUAUGAUAUUGUACAUAAUAUGAAUUUGUUAUGUCUAUACACAUGAUUGAAAAAUAUUGUUGCUGGCAGCAGCAAAGGUAUUUUGUCUCAUUGUGGAGUCCUUGAUGGACCUCAUUAUCGUUAAUCUUAUUUACACAUGAAGGUUGCAAUAAACUUUUUAGUUGGAAAAUAUCCAAAACUAUUGUUAAUUCUGUAAGCACUGCAAGUAUCAUAUCACCCGUCCAAUCAAAGAGCAUCAGCAGCACAAAAACUGGUACUGUUGAGUUACCCUGUAACAGUUUGUGUGUAUCUUAAUGUCUAUGUUGUGUAUUUAUUCCGGGUUGACAUUCUUCUCUGUCCAUUCACCAUGAUUCUUCCACUCCUGUCUCUGGCAUUACAUAUCAGAGUUUCUUUAUCCAUCCAACUCUUGGUCUUCUUCUCUUCUUCCUGGUGACUUCCACAUCAACAUUUUAAAGAGAGAAUUUUUAAUGAUUGUGGUGGAAACAUUGAACAGCUGUUUCCAUCUGUUAGUUGUGUAUUGGGUGUGGACUACCUAUAAAUUGAGUAUUGUUGCACUUAGUGACAUGGUGUGUGUGUGAAUGUGUGUGUGUAAAUAAUGUAUUUUUAUCUGGCUGUUAGAAAUAUGUUAAUAUAAAUUAUUAGAAAUAAAAACAUUUACUCCAUCAG